UAAUGAGCAAAAUAAGCAGUCAUCUUGAUACUUUUGAAACUGAGGAAGCCCCUAGAUUAAUUUGGACGUGGGGGCGGGGGAAGGUGAUGAUAUAUGAUACAGAUGAUUGACUAGGAAUUUGCAGUGGUGCUGUCAUGGCUGUAUUAAUCUAGUCAAUUUCAUGUUGCAAGUAUAUCAUAAUUUAGAUACCUUUACUCACAAUAAAAGAGAGAAACCAUUUUCUUGCUAAGCUAGGGGACUUGCACAUCAGCAAUUUUUGGUUAGGUUGGCAGAGUUUAGUUUAGUUUAGUUAAGUUUAGUUAUAGCCUAGUCAGGUCGAUUAAAUUAUCAACCAAUGGACUUUGUUUUCUCGUGUUUGUUAACUGACCUAGAAUAACGUAUUUGCUUGCACAUGAUGUCCUCAUGCCAUCCUCUUCAACAAUACAGUAGCGUCUCGAGCUGCAGCCAAAGGAGCCGUAUCCUUUUCUCCGUUUUUCGCCCAACUGAUAUCUGGCAGUUGGCUGUAGUGUUUGUGGUGAGUUGAAGUGCAACUUUUUGGCCCAUGACACAGGCGACAUGAGGCGAUACAACAGUCAGCAUUACAGUCUUGCCGCAAGUUCUGUGAUGUCAGUUAGGUGUGUCUCUGGCUUUACAUGUGUAAUUUGCAGACAGUCCCUUACAAAGACAGGACUGAAGAAGUGAAGUUGAAGAUGGUUUUUUAAUAAAAGAUGAUAGCGACAUUGUUUUUUCUUUGGAGUUUCCAUGUUCUCCUUCAUGUUAUUAACCUACAGUGCUUCCUCGAAUCUAAAUGUACGGAACGUUCAAAAUCGAAUAUUCCACGAAUGUCAAAUCUCAAACUGAAGGAGGUGUGACAAGUAACACGCGCAAGAGCGAGCUUUUUGUCUGAACUCCAUCUGCGCAACUCGACUGUAUACCCUUAUUGUAGCCCGGAUACAGUCAUUGCGAAGUCAUUUCUUUUUUAAAGAAACUACAAAAAGCAAUCAUUGCCACUGAACAAUGUUGCGGUUAUCCUUAACAUUCCUGGUUUGACUUCAUAUUAAUACCGCACGGUUGCUACUAGAUUGGAGAUGAUGCAAAUAACGUGGACCACAGCUGUAUGAACCCUUUAGGUUCUUCUUGGCUCUUCCAGUGGCCUGGAGUGUGGCCCCUACCGUCUCUUGGGGCCUCCAGUUCUGAAUCAACCGAUGGAACGGUACCACUGGGUCCGGCACCGAUGGCAGCGCUUAGUUGGCGUGGAUGUGGGGAGGGGCUGGUACUCUCCUGCUGCGUCUCUGUCCACCAAGAGUCCACUGGAUGCUCAGGACCCUGCCUCUCACCGGCUGACGGUGAAGAGCAGGACCGUGGUGGCUCACUGUGGCCCCAACCAGUCAGAACAUCGCAGCAUUUGCAAGGGUUACCAGGGCAACGGCAUCAGCACCACCAAGUACAGCCUUCUCAGCUUCAUCCCCAAGAACUUGUUUGAGCAGUUCCACCGGGCGGCCAACCUGUACUUCCUCUUCCUCGUGCUGCUGAACUGGGUUCCUGAGGUGGAGGCCUUUCAGAAGGAGAUCACCAAUCCCCUGGCUGUGGUUCUCGUCGUCAUAGCGAUCAAAGAUGCCCUGGAGGACUACAGGCGCUACAGCUUCGACCAGAAGAUCAAUAACAACAUCACGUCGGUCUACUGCGGGAAGCAGCAUAAGUAUGUGGACCAGCGCUGGGCUGAUGUGUGUGUGGGGGACCUGGUGCGGCUGUUCUGUAAUGAGAUCAUCCCUGCGGACAUGGUGCUGCUGCACACCUCCGACUCCAACGGAGUGUGUCACAUCGAGACGGCCAAUCUGGACGGAGAGACCAACCUCAAGCAGAGGCAGGUGGUGCGGGACCUGCCACAGCAGGGUUCAGGGUUCAACCCAGAAAACUUCAGCAGUCGUAUCGAAUGUGAACACCCCAACGACAACCUGAGACGCUUCAGAGGAUACAUGGAGCACCCGAGUAAGACUCGCGUAGGGCUGCACAGUGACAACCUGCUGCUGAGGAGCUGUACAGUGAGAAACACGGAGACUGUUGUGGGCAUCGUGGUCUAUGCUGGACAUGAGACGAAGGCGAUGCAGAACAACAGCGGUCCGCGCUACAAGCGCAGCAAGCUGGAGAGGCGGCUCAACGUGGACGUGCUGUGGAGUGUUGUCAUCCUGCUGCUAAUGUGUCUGACUACUGCUGUCGGUCAUGGCUUGUGGUUGAAUAGUAUGAAGGACCCCGUCUUCCUAAUCCCUGGAGACCCCUCUCCACCAUUGGCUGGCUUUUAUAUGUUCUGGACAAUGAUCAUUGUCUUGCAGGUGUUGAUCCCCAUCUCCCUCUAUGUGUCCAUCGAGAUCGUCAAACUGGGCCAGAUCUAUUUCAUCCAGAACGACCUGGACCUCUACAACGAGAGACUGGACACGGGCGUUCAGUGCCGGGCCCUGAACAUCACGGAGGACCUGGGCCAGAUCCAGUACAUCUUUUCUGACAAGACCGGAACUCUGACCGAGAACCGCAUGCUGUUCCGACGCUGCACCAUCGCUGGAACCGAGUACCCUCAUCAUGAGAACGCACGCGCUCAGGAGCAGUAUGAGGAGCAGCCGGCGGAGGGGGGGCCGGAGGGGGGGGGCUCCCACACGCUUCGCUCGCGCAGCAGCCACCGCUCCCUGAGCUGCCGCUCGCUCAGCUGCAACCGCAGCUCCGUGUCCCUCAACACACUCGCCCGCGACUCCGACACACACUCCCACGAGGACGCGCACCCCGCGCAGGGGCGGGGAGCUUUCAGCAGCGCUAUGGAGUGUGAGGUGGUCCCUGACCCUCUGCUGCAGCUGAAGUUAGGGGGACUCUCCUCCCCCCUGGCCCCUCCCCUGAAGCAGGACGCGGCGGAACUCUCGCACAUCCUGGACUUCUUUCUGGCGCUGGCCGUCUGUAACACUGUGGUGGUGUCGUCCCCCACACAACCGAGGCACAUGGUGCAGCUCCCAGUUGCCCGCACCCCUCUCAGCUCUCUGGAGGACAUGAAGCUCCUGCUGCAGAAACUCAGCCUGCCUCGCUUUGCCCUCACCUCACCCACCAGCGCCCAGGCCCAGCAGCCCCACACCCCACCCCUGCCCAGCCUCACCCGAAGACUCUUCACCCGGGGGCGCUCUGCCACCUACACCCCCAACACACCCCCGCCCGACACCAGCCGGACCACCACCCCCGACGGGACCCCCAAAAGCGCCUCGCCCUUCCAGACUCGCACUCCCUCCCCCUGUCCCUCCCCAUCCCCAUCCCCAUCUCAGCUCCCGUCGCCCCUUCCUGGAGGGUCCUGCGGGCACGUGGAGCCCUGUAAUCACCCUGAUGCCAACAGCGAUUGUGACGCUGCUUCUGACGAUGAUGACGAUGACGCGAGUGAUGAAGGAGAGCAGCUGCUGUACGAGGCGGAGAGCCCAGACGAGGCGGCGCUGGUGCAGGCGGCGCGGGCCUACGGCUUCACGCUGCUGGGGCGCUCGCCCGAGCAGAUCCUGGUGUCGCUGCCGGGCGCCGGGCCCCUGGCCGUGCCCUUGCUGCACCUGCUGCCCUUCCACUCCGCCCGCAAGCUCAUGUCCGUGGUGGUGCGCCACCCCAUCACCGGCCAGGUGGUGCUCUACACCAAAGGAGCCGACAGCGUGGUCAUGGACCUGGCCUCUGGCUCCGCUGCAGCUGGUGGAGACACACUGGGCCACCAGGCUCCCAUCAGGGAGCAGACCCAGAGGCACCUGGACCAGUACGCACGAGAGGGCCUCCGCACGCUCUGUGUGGCCAAGAGGGUGCUGGAGGAGGCGGAGUAUGAGGCGUGGCUUAAGAAGCAUGUGUUGGCUGAAACCAGCAUUGAGAACAGGGAGGAGCUUCUGCUGGAUUCUGCACAGAGGAUCGAACACAACCUGACCCUGCUGGGGGCAACGGGCAUCAUGGACCGGCUGCAGGAGGACGUGCCCGAGACCAUCGAGGCGCUGCAGAAGGCAGGGAUCAAAGUAUGGGUGCUGACGGGGGACAAACAGGAGACGGCCAUCAACAUCGCGUGUGCCUGCAGGCUCCUCAGGCCCUCGGACCGACUACUGAUCGCCAACUGUGACAGCAAGGAGGCCUGUGAGGCCCGUUUGGCUGAGCUCACCGAGGAGAUCUGGCGCGGCGAAGAACGGACCGAUGCGUCUGAGGGAGCUGGCGUGGGCGUGUCAGAUCUGGACGGGGGCGGGGCGUGGGGCUUCACGCUGGUGAUUGACGGGCGGACGCUGGACUGGGCUCUGCAGGCGGAGCUGGAGGAGGCGUUCCUGGCGCUGACCCGGCGCUGCCGCUCCGUCAUCUGCUGCCGCUCCACCCCCCUGCAGAAGAGCCAGGUGGUCAAGCUCAUACGCGACACGCUCGGGGUCAUGACCCUCGCCAUCGGUGAUGGUGCAAAUGAUGUCAGUAUGAUCCAAGUGGCUGAUGUGGGCAUCGGUAUCUCCGGACAGGAGGGCAUGCAGGCGGUGAUGUCUAGUGAUUUCGCUAUCUCCAGGUUUAAGCACUUGAGGAAGUUGUUGCUGGUUCAUGGCCACUGGUGCUACACACGGCUGGCCAACAUGAUCCUCUACUUCUUUUACAAGAAUGUGAUGUACGUGAACCUAUUGUUCUGGUACCAGUUCUUCUGUGGUUUUUCGGGCAGUGUGAUGACUAACUCUUGGGUCCUCAUCUUCUUCAACCUCCUCUUCACUUCUGCUCCUCCGCUCAUAUAUGGCAUCCUGGACAAGGACGUCUCCAUGGAAACGCUCCUCAACAUUCCGCAAAUCUACAAAUCUGGACAGAAUUCACAGGCCUACCUGCCCUCCACCUUUUGGCUGUCCAUUUUGGAUGCCUUCUAUCAGAGUGUGGCGUGCUUCUUCAUCCCUUAUUUUGCCUACACCGGCUCUGACAUCAGCGUCUUCUCCUUCGGCUCGCCCGUCAACAGCGCCGCCCUCCUCAUCAUCCUGCUGCACCAGGUCAUCGAGAGCCGCACACUGACAUUGUUGCAUGGGAUUAUACUGAUAGGUAGCGCACUAUUCUACUACGCCUUUGGUCUGGUGUUCAGUGUGCUGUGUGUCACAUGCAACUCUCCCACAAAUCCCCUGGGCAUUGAGACACGCUUCAUGUCUGACCCUAUCUACUACUGUGUGUGUGUACUUACAACAGUGGUGGCCCUGAUGCCCAGAAUCUUGGCCCGUGCUUUCUGUAACACCAUCUGCCCAUCAGAUACAGUAAGGGCGGGCCUUAUGGACAAACUCUGCCCAGAGGAGUACUUGGUGUGUGUCAGUCAAUGGAAAGACUGCAUCCAGCCAAACACCGUCCAAAACCCCAUACCACCACCUCCCAGCCUCAGCAUCAACGCAGACCCUCCGCACUCCACAGAGUGCCACCCGGAAGCCUGCUCCGUGCUUUCUUGACCAGAGGACAGAAUCUGAAACCAGCAACUAGCCAAUGCCAUGCACGUGUCUGCACGGAGAUUGGCAGAAGCAGUUUGGUCUGCAAGACAACGGUGUUCCAGAUCAGCUGGGUUUCAAUGAGACAGUGGGACAGGGAUGCUUUAUCAAGGGAGCAAACAUUCUGUUGAGAUGGCGUAUGUCUUUUAUACUGUGGUAGACACUCUGAAGAAAUGCAUCUACUGAACAAGUAAAUGUGACUGUUUGGGGACAAAACUCUUGUUUUCCCACUGCCUUGUAAACUGGCCAUUGGUAAUGGUUAUAACCAUAUGGUAAAACUGUAUAAUGUGGACAAUAGGCUUGAUUUAAUUGAAGUGAACAGAAACCUACCACUUAAACUGAUUGACCUUGAAUGUUACUGAUUAGUUUUACUAUUGGGUUGAUUAACAUGUCAGGUGAUAUGAAUGAUCUAAAUAGUUCAUGCAGUCAUGUGUUGGUUAACUUUUUGCAAUGUGUUGAACGUUUUUAUAUUUUCAGUUUGUAUGGUGAAUGUUUACAUUGCCACCUGCUGGCGUGCAGCGGAAUGGGUCCAAAGUGGCGACCCUUGAACUUUAGUUCAAUCUUCUGUAUUCAAGCCUUUACCAAAGGUCAUCUACUCUUUUUAAGCCUUUACCAAACCAAAAGCAGCUGUGACUUGGAACUGAUGAAUCCAUCCUAAUGAAUUUGGGAAGCUGAACGAGCACCUCUGGUCAUUUUGUUUUGGUUGCCUACUGUGUUCAACCUUUCUCACAUAUGCGCUAUUUUACAUUAUUUAUGAAGGCAAAAUACUUUCUGACGGAAGAACUUAAGUAUAUCACAAUGAUGAGGAGUUUCAGGAGUUUAGGUGAUCUCUUCUGAGCCUUGUAAUUUGUUUAAUAAUUGUUUUAAGCAGCCAUGCUCGUUCUUUUCUCAUGCAAUAAUAUGAAUCAAAGAAGUCCUGAAUUUCAACGCCUUACAUCACUAAAUCUUUUUUUCUAUUGAACUACACAGCCCAGUGACGUAUGGAGAUUUGUAUAGACACAGCCCUCAGUAUUUUAGCUACGGAUACAUACAUGGUUUCCACCUACAAUGAAGGGUAAUAGAAUUAUUUUGAAAACUGUGAAUAUCACAUCACAAUUGUGUGAUAUUUUUAAUACUGGCUGAUAUAUUUAUAAUGUGGCCGUCAUACGGGCCACUAAGUACUGUAAUGUUAAUAAAAAUGUUUUGAAAAGUGGAA